UUCAGAAUCAGUUCUAAAUACCAAAGUACCAGAGAGAAACCAUGAGCCUGCUCAGAGUAAUUGCUCUGGGUUUUAUACUCCUUUCAUCAGUCACUGCUCACAAAGCCUGUUCUAAAAAUGCCAACUUGUGGAAAAGCAUACAGUAUCAGCUUAAGUUAGUAGAGACUACAGAAGGGCGAUGUGAUUGUGAUACCAAAGAAAUGCAUGGUCAUAAAACGGUCGGAUUUCUGGCUAAAUCUUCAAAAAGUCUUAGUAAUGUGAAUAAAGGAUCCACAGUUAUAUUUGAUAAGGUAGUUACCAACACUGGUUCUGGAUACGAUGCUUCGACUGGACAGUUUGUUGCACCUUACGAAGGUCUUUAUUAUUUUACCUGGACAACUCUCAGUUACCAUUCAAAACUUUUCCCAACACAGUUACUGCACAAUGACAACAUUAUUGCUGCUAACUAUCUUGAUGGUAGAGGAUUAUCUUCAGGUUAUGCGUCUGCGACCCAAAGUAUUUUGCUACAUCUUGCAGCAAAAGACAAGGUGUGCAUCAAAACUGAAAGGGCAGGAACGUACAUGUCUGGUGGUAAAUGGUCUACCUUCAGUGGUUUCAAAAUUUAACAGUUUUUAAAAUGUUGAACAAAUAAACAUAUCCCAGACUUAA